AUGAGAAUAAGCAGAGCCAAGGUUGUAAUCUUUCUCGUGUUUGGAUUGGCCCUCUUCUUGAUUCCCUUCACCUAUUUUGUAUUGUUACAGAAUAAGCAUGUGCAGGAGGUUCUUAGGACAUCUCCUCCCCCUCCACCGAGAUAUAAAUUAUUGCAAGAAUUAACGACGAGUUAUUCGAGGAGUAUUUUGUUUGAUUCGGAAUCAUUGCAGGAUGGCAAUAAACAAUUACCGGAGGAAAUUAGUAAAUAUUUGGAAAAUGUGAUGGAGAGGGCACAAUUUCCGGCCGCUAGUGGAAUACCACAAUUGAUGACCAUUGUUGAAUCGGAAAAUGAUUUUAAAUUCGUGGAAAACUUGAUUAAUUCGGUGCAUAAUUUUUAUGAGAGGAAGAUUGAGACUUAUAAUGUGGAUGCAACGGUGCAGAAAUCUCCAAACUUUCCAAAGAGUGGACUUAUUCAUGAUCAAGUUUCUAACUUUGCAACUGAUGCCGAGUCAGUUUAUUGGAUGAUUUGGAGUGCCUUGACAUCUCAAGAUUAUAGGAAAGUAAUUAUUUGUAAUGUAGGAAUGAGUGAAGAUCAAGUAAAGAUUGCAAGCAAGUGGAGAAAUGUUCAAGUUGUCAAGGUUUCUACAUAUGAACUGCCCGAACAAAUGAAGAAGAAUUUAGAAAUCAAGACACUUAUACUCUAUUUAUUAUUGCAGAAUUAUCAUUCUGUUUUAUAUUUGGAUCCGAGGAUUCAACUUCGUGAAAAUUUGGACGAUUUGGAAAAUAUUCUCAACUCUCAAGGAUAUGUCCAACUCACAAAAUCAGCAAUAUCAAUGGCUCAGGAUGGAUCUUGUACUGAUUCUGUAAUUGGAUUUGUACAUGGCAGUAACAAGUACGAUAUCCUUGUUGAUACACUUACUUGUCAAUACAAGGGUGAGAAUUGCAAGUUGAUGGACAUAAUGAAAAAGGCAGGAUCUCAUUGCAGCUCUGAAUACUUCCCAAUAGAUUACAUCUCAAGUGAGAAUCAAAUACAAAAUGUGCAAUUACUAGACGAAAAAGCAGUAGCUGUAGUAAUACCAUUUUUAGAAAAUCAACUCGGAAAAAUAUUGGGAAAUCUUAUUGAGUGGAACGAGCCACAAUAUGCUCCAUGUGGUAAUAAGAAGGAUCUGAGGAAAACUUUUGAUUUGAUUUUUUAUAUGAAUAAGGACGUGAAUCAAGGUAUUGAAAACACUUUAAUUGAAUCACUUUCAAAAAAGAAAUCUGUAACAAAAUGUUUCAGACAAGUAAGAUUCUUGUAUGCUCAUUUGAAUGAGGAAAAACAUGACAAGUAUCCAUUCGGUCCAACCAAUCAAUUUUUUGGCAUGUUGGUAGAUAAUGCAGACUUUUAUACGACAUAUUCACACUUUCUUUAUUUGGAACCUGAUGUCAAGGCAUUGAGGCCAUUCUGGUUGGAACAUGUUACUUCAAUACUCAAACAUUACGAAAUAGUCAAGCCAGAUUUUUGGGUUAUUGGAUCACAGUUCAGAGGAGGAGGAAAAGUCUGGGCUUUGAUUAAUAGAUUCCACGUGAAUGGUAAUGCUCUCUACACCACAGAUGCCUCAUUCAGAUAUUAUAUGAAAAUGAUUAGAGAUCAUGCUCACGUCUUUGAUAUGGAUCCAUAUGAAUUUUUACUCACCUAUGACAAUUUCCAACUCACAAAGCACGUGUGGAAUAGAAUGAUAUUCCAUGAAUUUAUUCAAAAUUGGUACAGAACUAGGUGGCCAGAAAAACAGUUACGUAAACUAUUCCCAAGAACAUAUUUAAUCCAUGGUGGUUACAGAGAAUAA